AUGAAACAAACAACCCUUCAGAAUUAUGAUCGGAAAUCCGAGCUCACAGCGUUCGAUGAAACCAAAUCCGGCGUCAAAGGGCUUGUAGACGCCGGAAUCACCACCCUUCCUCAUAUAUUGAUCGUACCUUCAUGUGAAAACCCAAACUCCGGCGAGCCACCGUCUCCAGAGCUAAAUCUCCCGAUCAUCGAUCUGUACGGAAUCAACGAAGAUCCAAUCCGGCGAAAGGAGGUGGUCGAGCAAGUGAAGAAUGCGUUGGGGAGUUGGGGGUUUUUCCAGAUGGUGAAUCAUGGAAUCCCUGAUAGCAUGUUGGAGGAGAUGAAAAAAGGUGUUUUAGGGUUUUUUGAACAGGAUAAUGAGGUGAAGAAGGAGUGGUACAGAAGAAGGGAUGGCAGUGGGAAGCCUAAGUUCCUUUACAACAGCAAUUUCGACUUGUACUCUGCACCUGUGACUAAUUGGAGAGACACUUUUUAUUGCCCCAUGGCUCCGAAUCCUCCUCAGCCAUAUCAACUGCCUUCUGCUUGCAGGGAAAACUGA